UCGAAACUAAGGCGUAGAUUUGUUGCACUGCAAUAUGAAUGGAGAUGACAGCCCGGUUCUGCUCUAUGCACAUCCUUCAAUGGAAGCAUUAGCAGAAAACAUUGCCAACAUAUGCUCCCAUUCUAUUAGUCCGAAGGAACAGCAGCAGUCUGAGCAGAGCCAGAGGCCGGCAUUCCGUGAGGUCCGUGCCUUCUCAAUUUCUGGAAGUAGCUCCAAACCCCGAGAAGUCGAGUUUAGAAAAACCAUUCAGUGGAAAACAUUUCCCGACGGGUUUCCAAAUUUGUUUAUUGAGGAUGUUAAAUACAUGGCAGGGAAAGAUGUCAUCUUCAUCGGGAGUUUUCACUCUCCUGAUGUGGUCUUUGAACAGCUGUCAGUUCUGUAUAUGUUUCCAAGAUAUUUAGCACGCUCAUUUCACUUCAUAAUGCCAUAUUUUCCAACUGGAACCAUGGAACGUGUCGACACAGAGGGACAGAUAGCUACAGCAAAAACUAUGGCCACGUUAUUGUCAGGUAUACCGCUCACAACAAAAGGACCAGCUCAAAUUGUCAUAUUUGACAUACAUGCACUUCAAGAAAGAUUUUACUUCUCAGAAAAUGUCAUCCCAAGGCUUGAAUCUGCUGUUCCUCUAUUGUUGAGGGAAAUGAAAACCUUGCCUGAUUUUAACAACAUGAGUGUUGCAUUUCCUGAUGAUGGAGCAUGUAAAAGGUUCCAUAACUUCUUUCCCGAUGAUGACCCUAUUACAUGUGUUAAGAUCAGGGAUGGUAAUCGUAGGAUUGUGAAGGUCAAGGAUGGAAACCCUGCUGGAAAACAUGUUCUUAUUAUAGAUGAUCUGGUUCAGUCUGGAGGAACACUGCGAGAGUGCGCUAAAGCAUUGUACGAGAAAGGAGCAGUAAAAGUCAGUGCUUAUGUCACCCAUGCUGUGUUUCCUAAGGAGUCCUGGAAGAAGUUUAUAGAUUCUGAUGUCAAAUUUGAAAAUUUCUGGAUUACAGAUUCACUGCCUCAUGCCAAAAUGAUAUGUGAGCACCCACCCUUUAAGCUUCUUUCUUUGAGUGAGCCUAUUGCUGAAAUGCUUUUGGGGUAUGACUUAAUGCCAUACUGCUAAGCACAUUUUUACAAAAUUUUACAGUGCACUUUGCUAACUACAGCAUUGUACUUUUAUUAGGACUUCAGAACUAAAAAAUAAAGUAGGGGGG